CAAGGAAGCUGGGGAAGGAAGAGCAAGCAGAGAAGUGGUUGUUAACUCACUCUCCUAUUCGGGAGGGACUGGAGAGGCAAGGAGAGAGCAGGUGUGUGGUGGAGAGACACAAGAUGGAAGAGGAAGAGAAAUUGAACUAUGAGAGAAACCUAAUGGACAAUCUCCUCAACAGGUGGUAACAAAAAAUAAUCCAGAUGGGGUGCAAAUGCUGUAAAAUGAUACAAAGCUACCUCUGUGACCCAGCUCAAGCACCGUCCCCUGAUUACGUCAACGAAGUAAGCAGCUCCAAUUUGGAUGAAGACCACACUGUUAAAUUAAAAGGCCAGCUAAGCAGUGAGGUUCUGGUGCAUAAAAAUGUCCUCCCCAGUGAGGGCUUAAGGAGAACUGAGAGCAGAGGCUGGAAUGCUGGCCCACAGGAGCCUAGCAGGGCACAACAAGGAUCACUCCCUCAGGAGGACGUGGGAUGUGCACACUGUGCCAAGCCUGGAGGCACUGCCAAUGGCAUCGGCCCCAGAGCCUCUCCACAGUCCCUCAGGAAAGCCCAGCUGGGCUCAUGGGCCAGCACAGAAGAAAGCAUUCACACAGCUCUGCCCUUCCUUGAAGUCAGGGACUCCGGGAGCCAGGACUGUGUGCUGCCCUCCUUGGAAGAGACUCCAGCCAUGGGAAAAGGCGAGUGCAGAGCUCCUGCUGAGGCACAGAGUCCAGUCUGGGAAGGACAAGGCCAUAGCUUCCUACUGCCAGCCCCAGAUUACCCUCCCCUGUGGGACCUGGCUGCAGAAAGACAUGGGGAUAUUGGGGAUGAGGAUGAAGCAGUGGCUGAAGCCCUUGCAGCAUUAGAAGCAGCUACUGCAGGAGAAGAUGUGGAUGAGGCAGACUAGCAAGCAGAAUUGGUGUGGCCAGUGAGCCAGUGCCAUGCUGAGCAAGGUGAGAGCCCUGUGCUCCUUGGGACAAGAGCUGAGCACUGGCCAGCACACCCUGGUGUGGCUUAGGUCUUGUUUACCUCCAGCGUCUGUUCUGAUUCUGGCUGCCUGAGCUGUGCUGCUUGUUAAAAGUGUUGUAGCCUUACUGUGUCCUUGGGCCUUCACUGGGAACAUCUGAGUGAGCUGAUCUGACUCUGUUCACAGAAUGUGCAGAAACUGUGCACCGUUUUUCCCAGCUAUCACAGCCCAGAGAAGCUCUGGUGCAGAAGGCAUAAGAAUGCAGUCAAGUCCCCAUUCCCAAUCCCAAGGAAAGACAGUCACUGAGCAUCCUGUUUGACUGUAAAUCCUUUGCCUUGCUUGUGAGAGCCAAGUGUCCCUGACCUUGUAAAGGUAGCUCUACCUUCAAAGUGCCUAUCAUGCUCAGGGACAGUCACCCAGGGAACUGAUAACUAAUCACUUGUUGGACACUAGUUAGGUGGAGCAGUUUUCAGGAGGACUGGAAGUGACCAGGAAACAAAUGGUUAGUCUUUCAUGUGAUAGGAAAACACAUGGACCUUAACAUUUUUUCACUGUGACUUUUUAUAAAUCUCCUUGUGAUUGGGGAGCCUGGGCAAAAUCAUUGUAAAAACUUCUUCUGUCAUAUUUUUGGGUUAAAUUCAUGAGUUUUGGGAACAGCAGAACCAUAUAUGGAUAGCUUUAUGCCAUUAAAAGUCUGAUCCCAAUUAAAAUAUACCAUUUUUUUUGGUCUCUCUGUAUGGACUCAGAGGUGGUUCUGACAUAGAUCCAUGUAGAACUGAGAAGAGUUGAGAUGGUCAAGCUUGUGGAAAAAAAGUAUAAACAUAAAAGACAUUUUAGUUUGCUGUUUUGGAACCUAGACUCUGAAAUUUCACUGACCUGGAGCAAAUAAUUCAUCUUCUCUCAUUGCCUAUCUGUUAAGUGAACGCCUAAUAAUAUGUAUUGUGAAGAUUCACACACUUGCCUGGCACACAG